UUUAUAGCUUGAAACUAAUUUUAUGUGAAUUUUAAUACCAAUAAAACAUUCCAUCUAAUAACGUCUAUGGAUAUUUUAUUAUGGAAAUGUUACCACUUUUCGCUAUUUUGCUAUUGGUUUAUUCCGUGAAUUCUUCGUCAAAGUCCAGAGUAAAUGUGGCCGAAUUUAUCUCCACAGCUGUUUCUACACGUACACACAGAAGAAUGUUUCAAUCAACAAGAAUUGGUAUAGAAUCAUCUAAUCACACGACAUUCAAGAAACAUCGUCACGCAACGAUAAAAGCAAUUAAAAAGAGUGAUAUAAACGCUAAGAAUACAAAAAAAGAGAUGGUCAUAAAGACAACUAAGAAAGAGACAGAAAGGACAAAAAAGAGAGACACAGUAAUAAAGACGACAAAGAAACAGAUACAAAUAAAAACGACAAAGAAAGUGCCAGAUAUAAAGACGACAAUAAAAGAAACAACAAUAAAAACGACAAAGGAAGAACAUUUUGAUAAAAAACAGGCUCUUCGAAUCGGCAAUGAAACAGAGCAUAUUUACAAAGAAGACAAAAUUGAUAAAAAAGAAAAAGUAGAUAAAAUAGACAAAAAUGAGCAAAAAGACAUGCCUCCACGAUCUCUUUGGCCGUUUUUAGGGGCGGACUAUAACAAAACGAUGAAAAAAUUAGACGGAUUUAGUAUGAAAAGGAAGAAAACGCAUUUCCAAAUACCAAAAGUUGCAAUUGGUUUCGAAACUCGUGAUGUUCCCAUGAGAGGUGAUAUAAAUAAUAAAAAAGAGUAUGAUUUGGAUAACAACACUAUAGACAGUGACAUUAUAAUUGAUGAUAGUAAUAUAAACGAUGCCACGCCUUUUAUAAGUGGUGAAAAAUAUGAUGAUAUUGGUAAAACGGCCUUCGAUAUGCACGGAAUGAUAUCACAGAUUUUCACAAGACAAAAAGAAUUGGUGACUAAACUAGAAAGUUAUUUGCUCAGAGAAAAGUCGCUGAGGAGUGCUAAUAAAGAUUUCGAUAAGCUACUAGACAGUCUUGAGAAGAAAGAUAAUCGAAACACAACACUUGAGGUUAAGCUAGAAGUGACCACAAAACCACCAAAAAUGAUUCCGGUAGUAAGAACGGUGAUAGACGCUAGUGAUGUUAAGAAAAUUCUAAGUAAAGACCCUUAUGUCCAAAGAAUAUUGUCCUUAAACAAAAGAAGAAGGGUUCAGUAUGAAAAAAUGCAUACAACUACAAGUAAAAUGGACGAUGCUUAUUAAAAUGUAGUAUUCAAAAAUA